UGCAGUUCGUCCGCUCCUUUCUUCCGUGACAGACGUCGUGCUCAUCGUGCUUGUCCGCCGUCUUUUCUUCGUUCAACAUGGCCGCACUCACAGACUCCAUCCUUGAUGCCCUCGUGUACGAUCAUUUGUCGCGCAAAGACAAAACGUUCGCGGAAGUUUUCCUCAAGAAAUACAAGUCGCCAAAGCUUCCCAAAGGAUCACCCCGGUUGGACGAGAUUGUAAAACAUUUCCAAGCGACGAAAAAGAAACUUCAACUGACUGGAAAUGCUGCCGCAGCAGAAGAGUCAAGCUCGGAGGAAGAAUCCGAUGAGGACGAGGAGGAAGAGCAGGUAGCCACACCGUCGAAAAAAACACAGGCCAAUGGAAAGAGCGCUGCAGUAGCCAACGGUGCUAAGGCCGCAAAUGGCAAGGCAGCUACGAACGGAGCCGCCGCAAAGAAGCCACAGCAGCAGGAGGAAUCCUCGGAAGAAGAGGAUUCUGAUGAAGACGAUGAUGAUGAGGAGGAGGAAGUGGUGGCCAAGCCAGCACCCAAGAAGGGACCGGUGGUCGCCAAGGGUGCUACUCCUGCUAAAGUAGCAGCACCGCAGGCCAAGAAGCCUCAACAGCCGGCGGAGGAGGAAGAUUCCGACAGCUCGGAAGAGGAGGACGACGAAGCGCCGGCAGUAAAACCUUUGGUUGCUAAGAAGGGACCAAUCGUGGCCCUUAAAAAACCGCAAGACAGCGACGACGAUGAGGAUGACGAUGAUGAAGAGGAUUCUGAUGACGAUGAAGAUGAAAAACCAGUGUCGAAACCUGCUAUCGUUGUCAAGGCUGGGCAAAAGCGCAAGGCUGACGAGGAGGAAGAGGAUGAUGAUGACGACGAGGACGACGAUGAUGACAACGACGAUGAAGAGGAAGAAGAACAGGUCAAAACUCCUGCCAAGUCGCCGGCGAACAAGUUCGGUGAUAAGAAGCAACAGCAGCAACAGCAACAGAUAAAUAAGGUGCUCAAUGGGAAAGCUCCAGUAAAUGGUGGACCACCAUUAAAGAAAGUUAAAGCAAAUGAAUCUUCGAGUGAAGAUAGCAGUUCCGACGAUGAAGCAGCUGAAAAGACUUCGGCAAAAAUUCCUGCAGCAAAGACAGUAACUAUUCCUACGGCUGUUGCUUCGAAGAAGAAGGCAGAAUCCUCGGAUGAUAGCUCAGAUGAUAGUUCUGAGGACGAUACAGCAAAGAAAGCACCCGUGAAGGCACCGGUGGCAAAGACAGUAGCAACUCCUACAGCUGUAGCAUCGAAGAAGAAGGCAGAAUCCUCGGAUGAUAGCUCAGAUGAUAGUUCUGAAGAGGAUACAACAAAGAAAGCACCCGUGAAGGCACCGGUGACAAAGACAGUCGCAACUCCUACAGCUGUUACAUCGAAGAAAAAGGCAGAAUCCUCGGAUGAUAGCUCAGAUGAUAGUUCUGAAGAGGAUACAACAAAGAAAACACCCGCGAAAGCACCGGUGGCAAAGGCAGUCGUAAAUCCUAAAGCUGCUGUUUCGAAGAAGAAGGCAGAAUCCUCGGAUGAUAGCUCAGACGAUAGUUCUGAAGACGAUACAGCAAAGAAAGCACCCGUGAAGGCACCUGCUGCAAAGGCAGUCGCAACUCCUACAGCUGUUGCUUCGAAGAAAAAGGCAGAAUCCUCGGAUGAUAGCUCAGACGAUAGUUCUGAAGAGGAUACAGCGAAGACAGCACCCGUGAAGGCACCUGCAGUAAAGGCAGUCGCAACUCCUACAGCUGUUGCAUCGAAGAAGAAGGCAGAAUCUUCGGAUGAUAGCUCAGACGAUAGUUCUGAGGACGAUACAGCAAAGAAAGCACCCGUGAAGGCACCGGUGACAAAGACAGUAGCAACUCCAACGGCUGCUGCUUCGAAGAAGAAGGCAGAAUCCUCGGAUGAUAGCUCAGACGAUAGUUCUGAGGACGAUACAGCAAAGAAAGCACCCGUGAAGGCACCGGUGGCAAAGACAGUAGCAACUCCUAAAGCUGCUGCUUCGAAGAAGAAGGCAGAAUUCUCGGAUGAUAGCUCAGACGAUAGUUCUGAGGACGAUACAGCAAAGAAAGCACCCGUGAAGGCACCGGUGGCAAAGACAGUAGCAACUCCUAAAGCUGCUGCUUCGAAGAAGAAGGCAGAAUCCUCGGAUGAUAGCUCAGAUGAUAGUUCUGAAGAGGAUACAGCGAAGAAAGCACCCGUGAAGGCACCUGCUGCAAAGGCAGUCGCAACUCCUAAAGCUGUUGCAUCGAAGAAAAAGGCAGAAUCCUCGGAUGAUAGCUCAGACGAUAGUUCUGAGGACGAUACAGCAAAGAAAGCACCCGUGAAGGCACCGGUGGCAAAGACAGUCGCAACUCCAACGGCUGCUGCUUCGAAGAAGAAGGCAGAAUCCUCGGAUGAUAGCUCAGACGAUAGUUCUGAAGACGAUACAGCAAAGAAAGCACCCGUGAAGGCACCGGUGGCAAAAGCAGUCGCAACUCCUAAAGCUGCUGCUUCGAAGAAGAAGGCAGAAUCCUCGGAUGAUAGCUCAGAUGAUAGUUCUGAAGAGGAUACAACAAAGAAAACACCCGCGAAAGCACCGGUGGCAAAGGCAGUAGCAACUCCUACAGCUGUUGCAACGAAGAAGAAGGCAGAAUCCUCGGAUGAUAGCUCAGACGAUAGUUCGGAAGAGGAUACAGCGAAGAAAGCACCCGCCAAGGCACCUGCAGCAAAGGCAGUCGCAACUCCUACAGUUGCUGCUUCGAAGAAGAAGGCAGAAUCCUCGGAUGAUAGCUCAGAUGACAGUGAUGAGGAUGAUAAGAAGUCAUCACAACAGCAACAAACUGCAAAUGUGGGACAAAAACGCAAAGCUCAGGAUGAACAAGAAGUGGCUGAAGAACCUCCCGCGAAAAAACCUAAUUUUUACAGUAAUUUUGUCAAAUCUAGUGAACCCUGGAACAGUCAAGAAACUCCACCGAACAAACAAAACUUUAAUAACGUGAAUGGAAAUAACAGUGCCGGAGGUACAGGAAGCGGCAAGAAAAUGGCUCUUAACAGCGAUGAAAAGCGUGGUAUCAACCGUUUUCGGCGCGUAAAAGAGGAAGAAGUCGAAAUUGAUAACAGACUGAUGGAUAAUUCCUACGAAGCAAAGAAAAACGCACGUGGUUCUUUCGGUGAGCGAGCGAAUGAAAUUCUGAAGCACACGAAAGGCAAGUCAUUCCGCCACGAGAAAACGAAAAAGAAGCGCUCCGGCUAUCGCGGUGGUUUGAUCGACAUGUCUGUUAAUUCGAUUAAGUUCGAUGAUUAGGAAAAGUUUAGAAUUAUCACAAACCGUACUGCUAACAUAACUGGGCUUCUUCAUGUCAAGCAUUUCCUUCAUUGUAGCACAUGCAAGAGAUGCAACUAUGAAUGGAUGUGAUCCCUUAGAUCAUUUGCUUCCAUGAGGAACGCUUUACGUUGGUGAUCGUCUAUGAUUCAUGUUUCAAUGAAUGUCUUAUGUUAGAAUAAUUGUCCAUAUGAUCCUAAAAGUUCACGUAAAUACAACGGAUGUACACUUUUUUAUUAAACAUCAACAACAUUUAAAGGACUAAAAGAUAUAUUACUUUUCGUAACGUAAAACGCUUUUUCGCUUUCCCCGAGUGUGGCAAAAUAAUCAAUUUCGCAGAUUUCAGGUUCGUAGAAAAUGCGCAAACUGGUCUCUUCUCGUGCGUCAAAAGUGUUGUCGUGUUAAAGUACUUUGGAACUAGGAAUAAAUGUCAGCUCACAGGCGUAAGGGCUCUUCUUUCUAGUCCGUUGGCACUUUACACAAAACCGUUACUAACAUGCCAAGAGGUUUACUGUAUUGAGCACGCGCGUGCCGACCAGAGAGUCAGUUGCUUUUGAAGUGGAUGCUUCCAAAUAUUGCGCUAGUCUCGAGCCAGCGAAACCUAUCAGUACGCCGUCUAAGCUCGUUGAACACGACGGUGAUGGCCAGAUCCGGAAGCCGUGCAGUGGCCUCGUUGGUUUUUUUUCGGAAAGCGAAAGUAUUGCAGAAAGUUUGCCAAACGCUUCACCAUCUAGAAAGCAUACGAAGAGGACAAGGUUAUCAUUUAUUAAUGAUAUUGGAAAAUAUAUUUUCUCUGUAAAAUCAUG